AUGGUUUCAUGUGAUUCCUAUGAUCAGAGCUUAUCUAUGAACGACGAGGACUCUAAUGAUGCGGCUGAUCAAACAUCGUCUGAUGACAGUCGUCAAAUACUUAUCGAGAGUUCGUACUUCGGGCAACCUAAUGAAACAAACAACAAAAUUUCUGCUAUUCCUCGUUUAAAAACUAAUUUGUAUUGUAUGCAAAUGGCAAGUCGGGAAGAAUGCGCUAAGCAGAUAUACGGCAGAAAAAUUGCUCUUGAUGCGUGUCUCGUAGGCGAGUUGAAGGCUCCUAAUUGGCGUCAGAAUAGUUCUGGGUAUGCCAAGAUUUCGGUGCCUCCAUGUACAUUUACGACUGCUUCUGGUGGUUCAGGGAUGAAAAUGUACCCAUAUUCUACCCAGACAUCAUGUGAGCCUAGCUAA